AUGUCCACCUGCGGAACAUGCUGGCGCCAGUUUCCGGCCGGUUGGCGAUCUCGUCAGCAGCACAUGAAUGCCACUGGCCACGAGCCUCCAGACUUUGAGUGCGACACUUGUGAUCGUUACUUCGGUAGCCAGGAGGCAGUUGAACAGCAUAUGUGCGAUUUGGGGCACUGGGAUGAGUCCUCCGAAUCCGAAGAAUUGCAAGAAUCAGACGAAUCAGAAGGCACUGUCCUUGAAUGUGAUCAUUGCGGCGACGCUUUUGAUGACGAGGAUGACCUACACGACCAUGAAGCUAGGCAGCACUUCUACUGCGUUGUCUGUGAUCGCCCAUUCCAGGACUGGAAUAGCAUCAGCCAGCACCUGCGCGGCAAACUUCAUCGUACCAGCACAGUCCAGUGUCCCUUUUGCAAAAACUUACAUGGGACUGCUACCGGAUUCGUCCAUCGCCUCGAGAAGGGCUGUUGCACCAAAGCCCCCCUCAGUCGUGAUAAACUGUAUGAGGUCAUCCACCAACACGACCCAGACGGUAUUAUUUCCAAGAAGUUACUUACAUGGUCUAGCAAUAUAACUUAUGCCGCCACCGAAAAGGCAUGGAAUGACGAGGUUGACGCCUAUGAGUGCUACCUCUGCCAUCGUCUCUUUGGUAAAUUGGCGUCUUUGAACCAACACCUAGGCUCUCCUGCUCAUCAGCAGAAAAUCUACCACUGCCCAAGCACUUCUUGCAGAAAAAGUUUUACGACUCUUGCUGCCAUGAUUGCUCACCUAGAGAGCGAGAGUUGCGGGUAUAUGCGCUUUGAGGCUGUUCAAAAGAGGGUCCAGUAUAUUGUAGAUCCACGCCGUAUGAUUCAAGCAUGA